AAAAUCCCAGAUUUUGACCACCCCCGUAGGAAGGAAAAGAAACCAUAGAACUAUUCUCUCCAUCUCUAUCUCUCACGCACACAUAGCGGCGAUGGCUUUGAGGUCGAGUGCAUCCAAGCUUAUCACCUCCUCUCAAUCCCUCCUUUCCAACUCCGUGAACAGAGGAAUCCACUCAACUGGUGUAAGAAGAAUGGGUGGACAUGGCCAUGAUGAGCCAUUCUAUCUUCACGCGAAGCACAUGUACAACUUAGACAGGAUGUCUAAUCAGAAGCUGAAGAUGACCCUUGGUGUUUGGUCUGCAGUCGCCAUUGGUGUUAUAGUCCCAGUUUAUGCUGUCGUCUUCCAGCAAAAGAAAACUGCUUCCGGCUAGAUCAUCUUCUUAUUUGUGUCUGCCCCCACAAUAAUGCAUCGGUUUCAUCUCUUGCCCUUGUGAGGACUUAAACCUAUUGUUUUAAAGCUUUGAAUAGCUUCCAUCUUAGCUUAGUUAUACAAUGGUAUUUGCUUUUCCUUUUUUCAACAGCAACAAUGGGCGUUAUGCCUGGUUCUUAAAUAAUAUUUUCUGAAUACGCUCAAAACAACAACUCGAUUGGAGUGUUUUGCUUACCAUGUACUGGAUUUUGUGCAGUUUGAUAUCUUUCUUUCCUAAUGACUUGAUCUCAUAUCUGGAUUUUAUAACA